UGCCCACGGCGCCGCCUCCCCCCCGCCCUUAACUCCUCCUCCUCCUCUCCCUCCCAGGAGUCGCAGCCUUCCCCGCUGGCUCUGCUGGCGGCCACCUGCAGCAGGAUCGAGUCUCCCAACGAGAACUCCAACAGCUCCCAGGGCCAGCAGGGCGCCAGCGGCGAGCUGGACCUGACGGCCGCCGCCGCCCAGAUCGCCCAGUCGGCCAACGGCUGGCAGAUCAUCUCCGCCGGCUCCAGCACGCCCACCUCCAAGGAGCAGGGCGGCAACGGCGGCAACGGCGGCAACGGCGGCGACGCCUCCAAAAGCCGGCCGACCAUCGACGGGCAGCAGCUGCAGUUCGCCACCGCCCCGGCCCAGGUGAACGUGCAGCAGGAUGCGUCCGGGCAGCUCCAGAUCAUCCCCGGCACCAACCAGCAGAUCAUCACCAGCCGAGCGGGGACGGGCAACCUGAUCGCCAUGCCCAACCUGCUGCAGCAGGCCGUCCCCAUCCAGGGCGUGGGCCUGGCCAACAACACCCUCUCGGGGCAAACCCAGUACGUGGCCAACGUCCCCGUGGCCCUCAACGGCAACAUCACCCUGCUGCCCGUCAACAGCGUGGCCGCCAGCCUGGCCCCCACCUCGCAGACGGUCACCCUGAGCGGCUCGGGCUCGCCGGACAGCGGCUCGCAGCCGGCCACCUCGGGCGCCGCCAGCAGCUCGUCCAACGGCGCCACGUCCCACGCCGGCUCCGGCUCCUUUUUCACCACCGCCAACAGUUACUCCAGCACCACCACCACCAGUAACGUGGGCAUCAUGAAUUUCUCCACCGGCGCCGCCGCCGUGGGGACCAACGUCCAGGCGCAGACGCCGCAGCGGGCCGGCAGCGUGCCCAGCUCGGACUCCCUGCAGAGCCCGGUCUCGGGGGUGGCGUUGCAGCCGGGGCAGCAGAAGGAGGGCGAGCAGAGCCAGCAGCAGCAGCAGCAGCAGCAGCAGAUCCUGAUCCAACCGCAGCUGGUCCAGGGGGGGCAGACGAUCCAAACCCUGCAGACCGCCCCGCUCUCCGGCCAGACCUUCGCCACUCAAGCCAUCUCGCAGGACGCCCUGCAGAACCUGCAGCUCCAGGCCGUGCCCAACUCGGGGCCCAUCAUCAUCCGAACGCCCACGGUGGGGCCCAACGGGCAGGUGAGCUGGCAGACCAUCCAGCUCCAGAACCUGCAGGUGCAGAACCCCCAGGCGCAGACAAUCACCUUGGCCCCCAUGCAGGGAGUUUCGCUCGGCCAGACGGGCAGCACCAGCACCACGCUCACCCCCAUCGCCUCCCUCCCCAGCGGCACUGUCACGGUCAACGCCGCCCAGCUCUCCUCCGUGCCAGGCCUCCAGACUAUUAACCUCAGUGCCUUGGGAGCGUCCGGGAUCCAGGUGCAUCAGCUGCCGGGGCUGCCGCUGGCCAUCGCCAACGCCGCCGGUAAGUGCCGCCGGCUCGCUCCCGUCCCGGGGGGAUGAAACGGGGAGGCGGAAGCGUGCGGCC